AUGCGCAGUGACCUGAAAACCGACGUCAAGAUCGGUUGUGUUGCGGUCGAGGAUGCCACACCCGAGGCAGCCACGGACCCAAGGGUGGUUCUAACGGAAGAGGACGUUCUCGACAAAAUAACGCUGGGUCUCAGCGCCCUCUUCGGACUGAGAGAAGACACCCACCUCGUGGGAAAUCAAUAUUCGGUCCUCGCAGCCGCCGCGCCCAUCGCACAGUUGGCAUGGCAGCCCGUCUCGUCCGUACUCAUCGUCAAAAUCCGCCACCGGGUUUUGAUGCCGGCCAUGAUCCUGGGCUGGGGCUUGUUUGAAGCCGGCUGUCUUCCGUUAUUUUCCAUCAUCACGAGCCAGUGGUAUCGACGGUCUGAACAGCCCAUACGGGUUGCUCUAUGGUUUGGAACCAAUGGGCUGGCGACUAUGGUGGCUGCUAUUCUCUCCUACGGGCUCGGCCGGAUAGAGUCUACCGUCUUAGCCCCAUGGCAGUGGAUCUACCUCGUAACGGGUCUCUUGACAAUCAUCAGCGUCCCCUUCAUCUACUGGAGGUUGGAUGAUGACAUCCGCACAGCCCGUUUUCUAACACCCGAGGAACGAGCUCAGGCUCUCGAGCGCCUCCGUGCUAACCAGACUGGCGCAGGUACCCAAGAGUACCAAUGGAAACAGGUGCUUGAAACAUUUACCGACAUCAAGUGCUACCUCUUUGGUGCCAUGAGUCUCGCCAUCUGUAUCGGGGCCCAAAUGGCCGUCACCUUUGGGCCGCUCAUUUUGAAGAGCUUCGGCUUUGAUACAUACAAGACGACGCUGCUCAACAUUCCGUUCGGGGCCCUCCAAUGCAUCGUCGUUCUAUCCGCGGCGUGGGUGACGGUAAGAACACGGUGGAAAUCGCUUGCGCUGGGCUUCAUGUUGGUCUUCAUUCUGGUCGGGCUUGUCUUGCUAUACACCCUUCCUCGGGACAAAUCACAUAUUCCGGGUCUGCUUCUCGCUUAUUAUUUCCUGGCCUUUAUUUUUGGCUGCGUCAACCUCAUCGUCUCAUGGAUUUUGGCCAACACCGCUGGCCAGACGAAGAAGUCAACCAUGAUGGCCGUGUUCAACGCUGCGGCAUCGGUCGGCGCCAUUGUCGGCCCCCUGCUUUUCGACGCUGCAGACGCACCGGAAUACCGUGCUGGAAUCCGGAGCACCAUGGGCGUGUUUGCGGGCAUGUUCGCCAUCGUCUUACUGCAGGUCGGCAACCUAAUGCUGCUGAACAAGUUGCAGGUACGACGGCGGAUAGCCAAUAACAAACCCGCCCACAUCCACGACCACUCGAUGGAUGACAAAUACGUGGAUAUCCGCACGGGUAAUGCUGGGACGACUGGAGACCGGGCGUUUGCCGGCCUGACGGACCGUGACAACGACGAGUUUGUUUACGUCUACUAA